UUGGCAAGUGUAGUGGGUAGUGGUAACAGCAGUGGUAGCAGGGCCCUCCCUCUGUCUCUGCACAUAAAUAUUCGCAGCCUGCCUAUUCCAGGCAUGGAUGACGGUUGCACACAGACAUGGCACUGCGACAUUACACUCUCGACUUCAGCCUCUCUACGGCAGUUGACUCUGCUUCGACAGUUCCUGGCCUGCUGUCCAUAUUUCAUGAGCAGGAAAUGACAGAGACUGUCCAUGAUACAAAUGGGCAUGGAUACCUCGCUACUUUUGUUGGCAAGAAUGGCCGGCUUGUUAUUCUGCGCGUGCACUCCCAUGGGUUGGUCACCAUUGAUCUGCAGUGUUACGAAGAUGACAACAUUGCACAACUAGACAAUCUUUUAAAUGCACUGGAAAAGAAGCUAAAGGUUCUCUUAAAUGGCAAUAUAACAAGGAUUAAAAGGCUCCCAGCCCUUGUACGAGGGGCAAAAGUUGACCGAUACUGGCCCACAGCUGACGGCAGACUGAUCGAGUAUGACAUUGACCGGGUGGUGUAUGAAGAAGAUUCUGCAUACCAAAACAUAAAAAUAUUGCACUCACAGCAAUUUGGAAAUAUCCUAGUACUCAAUGGAGAUGUUAACCUGGCAGAGAGUGAUUUGGCCUACACCCAAGCCAUCAUAGGUAGCGGAAAAGAGAAUUAUGCUGGAAAAGAGGUGCUGAUACUAGGAGGAGGAGAUGGAGGAAUCCUUGCUGAGGUGGUCAAACAAAAGCCAAAGAUGAUCACCAUGGUGGAGAUUGACCAGAAGGUGAUAGACGGGUGCAGAACGCACAUGCGCAAGACUUGUGGCAAUAUCCUUGACAACCUGAAGGGAGACUGUUACCAAAUACUAGUUGAGGACUGUGUCCCUGUGCUGAAGAAGUAUGUUCAGGAAGGACGGAUGUUUGACUACGUAAUUAAUGACCUCACUGCAGUUCCAAUAUCCACGGAGCCAGAAGAAGACUCGACAUGGGAGUUCCUGCGUCUCAUCUUAGAUCUGUCAAUAAAAGUCCUGCAUCCAGCUGGGAAAUAUUUCACACAGGGUAACAGCGUGAAUCUGACAGAGGCACUGAGUCAGUAUGAGGAACAGCUGGGAAAGCUCUCAUGUCCCGUGGACUUCUCCAAAGAGGUGGUGUGUGUGCCCUCCUACUUGGAGCUAUGGGUUUUCUACACCAUAUGGAAGAAGUAGAGACCUCCAGUUUUCUGUGCUUGAAUCCUCAGCAGCUGGAAUGUGAAUGCUCUUCUUCUUCUUCUUCUUCUUCUUCCUCUUCUUCUUCUGCUGUAGCCUUAAAAGGUGUGCUCAGAUUGAACUUGACAUGAAAAUUACAGGCAACACAAAGUUUGGAAGCAAAGUAGAGAUUUCUGGCACAACCUCACCUACUUCCGAGGUGCGUUGAGAUGGAAAAAAAGUCUAAAGAGGUCAAAACACCAGCAUUGCUUGAAUAUUACUAAAGAAUUUUUUUUAUUAGACCGAUGUGUUUCGGCUUGUGUAAGCCCCUAAUGAAGGCCACAAGCCGAAACGCGUCAGUCUAAUAAUAGUUCUUCUGUGUACUACACUUUAGCAUACCCCACAAAGUUUGGAUAAAUGCAUUGUUAUGUGGUCUUUAAAAUUUUGAAAAAAGGAACGGAGGCGGAAGAAAUAGUUGUAAAGAAAAAAAAAUAAAAGAGUUCCUGCAGUGUCAAAUCCGUCUGGUUUUAAGUCUGAGUAGUACACACACACACACACACACUUACACACACACACGCACACACAGCAGUCUAUGUCUAUUAUCAGUGAGUUACAGCUGUGACUACAUCUGUAUUGUAGACUGAAUAAUAAGCAUGGACUGCAAAACACUCCACGGUCAAGUUGAUGUGAAUAAAUGGAGGUGGAAAUUUACUUUGCAUUCAGUCUGAACACAUCUUAAGGGGUACAAUGACAUUUUUAUUAUCCCCUAUCCAUUGAUCCCUCAUCUACCCUCAUCUUCCUUCUCUUUCUUCCUUUGUUGGUUGUGUUUUACCGUUGUUUACCAUUGUUGCAACUUAUGAGUUGUAUUUAAUUUGUGUUACUUGAUUUGGAUUGUCCAUUUGCAUGUAUGCUGAAGGAACUGUUAGUUGUUGAAACACUGAUUUGAUACACUGAUAAUGUGGUGUAACUCAUCUUAGAACAAGUGUGUGUGUUCUCUCUCGUUUUCUUUAGGUUUUUUUUUUUUCCUUUUCUCUUGAGUUAUGAGCUCAAAUCGUGUGAUAGGCCAAUCUAUAGACUCAGCCCAGCUUAAGUGAGUCGCUUUUAAGCUCUAUUUUUGUUACUGUCGCUCAAAUGUGAUUUGAUUCUUUCAGGUUGUAUCAAGGCAAUGUGAUCACGCCCAGAGAGACUGAAGUGUUGAAGUCCAAAUAUGUUUUAAAAGGGAAACAAUUCCACCACUUUAAUGCCACCUCUGUGCUUGUGCUGUUUUUAUGUCAUGUUUUAUUAGCACCUUGCUUUCUCCUGAUAUAUUUUAAGUUUUUUUUUUUUUUUUUUUUUAAGACUGUAUUAGGUGCAUGUAAUGGACGGUGAAUGUAGCUUGCAUAUACAGUACACAGCACGUUUACACGCGAUCAACCCUGUGGGACUCAAUUACAUUUAUUUAUUCUAUAUAAUUUCACCAAAUGCUGUUCUGUCCCACUUGAGAUAAUCUUUGUGACCAUCUACAAUUAAAAUGUUUUG